AUGGGGUGCAUUUGCUCAAAAUAUUCUUCAAACAAAGAAAGAGUUGAAGAAGAAUAUGAAAAAGAAAGUGAAUGGAAUAAAUCUUCAGUGCAAUUAGUUGCACCAACACAACUGAAUGGGGUUGGCAUCACCAUUACAAUGGAUGGUGGUGAUUAUAUUCCACGUUUGGAGAAGGUACCAUCCCAAGUGUUUCAAAGAGUAGAAGUGGAUGGUACCAAAAGCCAACAUCAUAGAUGUAAGACAAUGAGUUCUGAUAUUGGUGAAAGAAAGCCAAUAAUGAGUAGAAUACUCAGUGUGCAAAAUUUUUCAGGAGAGCAAUAUGUUGAUUCGGGAUGGCCGUUAUGGUUGUCUUCAGUUGCAUCCGAGGCCAUCAAAGGUUGGGUUCCUAGACGGGCCGACACUUUCGAAAAACUAGACCAAAUUGGACAGGGGGCUUAUAGUAGUGUGCAUAAAGCGGUUGACCGCGAAACGGGUAAAUAUGUUGCUUUGAAGAAAGUUAGAUUUUCAAGUGGAGAUGUUGAAAGUGUUCGUUUUAUGGCAAGGGAAAUCUAUAUCAUGCGUCAACUUAAUCAUCCUAAUAUCCUGAAACUUGAAGGUCUUGUAACAUCUAGAACUUCAACUAGUUUGUACCUUGUUUUUGAGUACAUGGAGCAUGACCUUGCUGGAUUAGCAGCUAGACCUGGUAUCAAGUUUACUGAACCACAGAUAAAAUGUUACAUGAAGCAGCUACUGAGUGGGCUAGAACAUUGUCAUAAAAUGGGUGUGUUACACCGUGACAUCAAGGGUUCUAAUCUAUUAGUGGACAAUAAAGGAAAUCUUAAGAUUGGAGAUUUUGGUCUAGCGACGGUUUAUGAACCGAAUAGCAAAGUGCCAUUGACAAGCCGUGUUGUAACUCUUUGGUAUCGAGCACCCGAACUUUUACUAGGUGCUACUGACUAUGGUACUGGAAUUGACAUGUGGAGUGCCGGUUGCAUUCUUGCAGAAUUGUUGGUGGGGAAGCCUAUCAUGCCAGGAAGAACAGAGGUGGAACAAAUGCACAAAAUUUUCAAGCUUUGUGGUUCUCCAUCAGAAGAAUAUUGGCAAAGAACAAAACUUCCAUAUGCAACAAGUUUUAAACCGCAAAACUCUUACAAACGACAAAUUGCAAAUACGUUUAACAAUUUUCCUCCCACUGCAUUGGCUCUUGUAGACAAGCUCCUCUCAAUGGAACCAGAACAAAGAGGAUCUGCAACUUCCGCACUUAAUAGUGAGUUUUUCACUACAGAUCCUCUACCUUGUGAUCCUUCAGCCUUACCCAAGUUUCCGCCAAGCAAAGAGUUUGAUGUCAAGCAUCGUGACAAAGAUUCAACAAGAAAAAAUACUGAAGCAAUUAAAGAACGCGGACCGGGAACUGUUGUAAGAGAAACAGGAAAAACCAAAGCAUUAAAAACACCAGAUUAUAAUGGUCGGGGAGAUAUAUCGUUUCAGAGCAAAUCAAAUACUAAAAUGUCUCAUCUUAAAUAUGAAUCCCAAGACGAUGAAGAGUCGAAUAACAAGUGUGAACCAAGUAGAGCAUCCAUGCACAAUGGUUAUACAACAUUUAUGCACAGUACAACAGGGCCAUCGUCGUUAUGCAAUAAGAGACUAGAACCGUAUAAGAAUAAUGUUUCAGAAUUAAGAACGCAAAGGUCUAAUGUGAAUCAAAAAGCAAUAGAUUUCUCUAUUUCAAUUAAAAAGGAACAAGAUAUGUCAGGGCGAGAAUCAGGCAUGCCUAAGAAAAAUAGAAUCCACUGUUCAGGACCAUUGAUGGCUACAGGUGGUAACAUUGAUAACAUGCUUAGAGAACAUGAACGGUUAAUGCAAGAUGUUUUUCGUAGUGUUAAGAAAGCUAAUCCGUAA